UUGAAGCGGGAAAGUACAGAAAACAUAUCAUAGAAAAAGCUUGUAAAUUCGGAUACCUGGGAGAAAAACUGCCAAAAAAAGGUAUACACUCUUGUCUUCUUGGUUGUCUGAACGUCUACAUGUCUAAGCGUUUUCGCGGCCUCUGGUAAACUCUUUCCAGCCAUCUUCGGCAAGAAAAGAUCUAAUCCGAGUGGUACUUCAACUUCUCCAUAGAUGUCCUCGAUGUAUAACUCAGCUUUUGCUUAUGGAAUGCGAUUUGAGUGUUCAUAAAGACAGUAAAAAACUGGUUAUAUUGGAAAGAGAUGUAUAAAGGAGAAUUUUCGACGGAAUAAAAAUAAAAUGGCAAAAUUUGGAGAAGAACAACUAACCAAGAACUGAACAAGGUGCAUUAAAGUUAAAGAAGAGAAUUGAACUAGUACAGGAAGAACAAAAUUAUACUACACGCUGUAUAGACAAUUUCUUAUACGCUUAUAUGAGUGGUCAACACACAAGGAAGAAGAAGAAAUAAUUGAGAGUUAUAUGCGCAAAGAUUUGCUCUGUUGAACACCGAGUUUACAUUCACGCCUUUUUUUUAUAACUGUACGGUCGUUCAGUGUGAGGUUCGAAUAUCUCGAGAUCCUUAAGUACAAAGAAUGACGAAGUGGUGAAAGUGUUUCAGAAGCACAAAAAAUUGUACAUAUUAACAUCAACAAGUUACCAACGAAAACAGAAAAAUGAAAGGCGUUAUAACAUUUUCAUUAUGUUUACUCGCAAUUUUCGUUAAUUGUGAAAAAGAUAUGACAAGAAAAAGUAUUAUAUACGAUAAAAAUACACCAGAUGUUUUUUAUUGUCCAAUUCAUAAGUAUACGGGACUUGACAAAAUGAUUGUUAAGGCAAGACCUCUUAAAAAGUUGUGUGAAUUUGAAGGUAAACCACUACCUGAAGAUUACAAAAGUGAUUGUUAUCAAAAUGUUGAUGAAUCUAAUUAUGCCUGCAAAGAAAAAUACAGGAUAAUGAUGCGAAUGCACCCACCAGGAUCAGAUUCUCCAUUUGAUGGUAAGCGAAUGGCUCGUUUUACAGAUGUUGAUAAAGAGUAUUACAUUAUGAAAAUGGACAAUAAAUUCGCCGAUUCCAAACUAGUUGCAGAAAAUAGGAACAUCAGAGUAAAAAAACGUUUAAGGAAAAGACUAACAACCAAAUUUUAGUUACUCAUCGUCUAUUAGUCCAGUAAACUAACGAUUUGUAUUACCAUCCAAAAGACAAGCCUGCAUUUUACUUAGUAAAAAAUAAAUGUCUCUAAAAAAUAGAAAUAUAUGAAAAAAGUUCCAAACAAAAAUAAUAUUAAAAUUUUCUAUACAAUUGCCCCUUUAAACAUUUUUGACGUAUUUGCAAUAAAAAUUUGAUCAAAAAAUCGGAAAUUUUGGACAAGAAUAUUAAAAAGACAAAUAGAGGAAUUGAAGAGGCAGUUAGAUAGAAACAUAGACAAAUGAAAGAUACGAACUGAUAAAUAGAAAGACAUAAGGAAGAAACACAGACAAAUAGAGGAAUAAAAGGGGCAGACAGAUAGAUAAAGAUUGUAGAAACAUAGACAAACAGAGGUAUAAAAGAUAGAUAGAUAGAUAGAUAGAAUGAGAAAUAAUUAGACAUACUGACAUAUACACGGAUAGAUAGACAGGGAUUGAAUUUUUCCUAUUAAUUUUUUUAAAAAGACAAUAUUUAUAUCCCUAUAAAAGUUUAUAAUCACCGAAGAUUUUAUUGUUAUAUAUGUUCACAACUUAAUAACUUAAUAUAAUGUUACCUCAAUCUUCUUUUUUAUAUAUUUAUUAUAAUUUUGAUAUAUUUUCAAAAAAGUUGUUUUUUAGUACUUUUUAAUUAUUUUUCAUCCCCAUUCGGCAGAUUUGAGCUACACAAUCUUUUAAAUAUUUUAUGCUAAAACCAACUCACAUUAAUGCAGUUUUUUCUUUUGGGUAGUGGUAUACAAGGUAAAUUUUUCAAAAAUUAAUAAAACCGAUAUUGAGAUCAAAAUUUAAUAUGAAAAACUGAAAUAUUAAUCAAUUUGUAAUUGUAAGGACUCACAAGUUAACACAUCAUACAUUAUGCAUAUUGAAAAUAUUUACAGUCUUAUAUUAACUUACUAAUAGCAACAAAAAAUUGAUUUCGAUAAUUUAAUGUAGAUUUAUUGUUCUUAAAAUUACUGUAAAUUUUAUAAUAAAAUUUAUUUUACUAGAAA